AUGAAUGACUGUAACAAGUUAGUUAUCAUCAUCGACAGCAUGACAUCAGUGUUCAACACCGAUGCUUCACUGCCGUACAAACAUGACUUAUUUGAAAGCCUUAUUGUAAAGAAAAGAGUAAAGUGUCCCCAACCAGGCACAGUGGGGUUCACGCGGUCCCCAUCCUGGAAGGCGAGUAGCACUGACAGUACCCAAGUGUUUUGUGAUCUCCUUCAUACUCCUCAGCCAAGUCAAGGGUUGGCCACCUCUCUGUUUACGCCACUCCGAAUUGGGCAUGGAAAACAGUACUCUCUUCGGCAAACGAUGGUUCGGCAUACGUAUCACAUGUCCCAACCAACGCAGCUUCUGGUACUGGACACAUUCUUCAAUGGAAGUACCCGUUACACGACCGAAAACACGCUUUCUAACUGCCUCGUUACGGAUUCGCCGACACCAACCCACACGAGCUAUGGUUCUGAGACAGUGAUUGUCGAACACUUGAAGACGUCUCAGUUCCGCUGCUCGAAUAGGCCAAAGCGAAGAAUAAAAUGCGACAGGCAAAAGGACCUUCGACGCUCGGUUCAUCCGACAGUCUCACAUUCGAACCGUGAAGAAGACGGACAACAGGCUGCUCUUGCAUGUACGGUGGACUUGUUUUCUAAUCACGUGCGCUGUCCGUUUGAAACUAUUGGUGUUGGUGACCUGACUUCACCACAAAUUUCCAAUGGGUUCCGGUUGCACAUCUCUGGUGACCAAGCUAACUUCAGUUUAUCAGCUAUAAAGCAUGUGGAUGAAGCGUGGCAAGAUGUGAAGGGAGCUAUGUAA